CCCGAGACAUCCCACAGAGAAGAGUGGCUUUAGAGAGAAGACACUGACUCUCCAGCACUGCUGCCCCCAAGAUGACCUCUGAUCUCUCCAAAGUGGAUCUCCUAUGUGAGAAGAACAAUAAGGCCCACAAGACGAGCAAAAUCUCUACAGAACGGCUGAUCGUCAGGCGAGGGCAGACCUUCCUGCUUACUCUCCACUCCAGCAGUGCCCAAAGCCUCAAGCCGGAGUCCUUGGAACUCACCGUCCAAACAGGACCCAAGCCCUCUGAAGGUUUAGGGACCAAGUGUGUGUUUGGUGUCGCCUCUGAAAGUCUGGCAAAGAAAUCCUGGGAUGCUAAGGUCCAGGAGGCUUCCGCCACAUCAGUCACCCUCGCCAUCACUAGCCCGGCGGAUGCCAGCAUUGGGGAGUACACCCUCUCUGUGAAGACGAACCCCAAUAUGACCGUGGGCCACAGCGCUGGCGCCUUUGUCCUCCUGUUUAACCCUUGGUGUGCAGAGGACUGGGUGUUCCUGGCCAAUGAAGAGGAGAGGCAGGAGUAUGUGAUGAAUGAACAUGGCCUGAUCUACAAAGGGACAUGUGGCUAUAUUAGUGAAAUGGCCUGGGAUUUUGGACAGUUUGAAAGUGACAUCCUUGACAUCUGCUUGAAAAUCCUGGACCUCAACCCCAAAUGUAAAAAGAACGCAGCCAAGGAUUUCUCCGCACGCUGCAACCCCAUCUAUGUCAGUAGAGUGGUCAGCGCUAUGAUCAACAGUAACGAUGACAAAGGCGUGCUACUGGGGAGGUGGGGCACAAACUACAUUGGCGGAGUGUCUCCAUCGCACUGGAACGGCAGCGUGGACAUCCUGAGAAACUGGAAGAAGUAUUACAACCACCCCGUCAAAUAUGGCCAGUGCUGGGUGUUCGGUGGGGUCAUGUGCACAGUCCUGAGGUGCUUGGGAAUCCCCUGUCGAGUGGUCACAAAUUACGAGUCUGCUCAUGACACUCAAGGAAAUCUAUUAAUCGAUGAGUAUUACGCUGACUAUGGCGUCAGACCCAAGGACAACAAUGACAGUGUCUGGAACUAUCAUGUGUGGGUAGAAGGUUGGAUGAAACGUCCUGAUCUCCCUGGAGAACCACUUUAUGAUGGCUGGCAGGUUCUGGACCCCACCCCUCAGGAGCUGAGUGAUGGGGUACACUGCUGUGGCCCAGCUCCAGUGAAGGCUGUACGUGAAGGACACACAGAUCUGAAGUACGACCUGCCUUUCGUCUUCGCCGAGGUCAAUGCGGACCGGGUCACUUGGCUAAUCAUGGCCGACGGGUCACAGAAGAGGAUCCUAUUAGACACAAAGUCUGUGGGUCAGAACAUCAGCACUAAAUCGGUGGGCAGUAACAAACGGCAAAACAUCACAGAAAACUACAAGCAUCCAGAAGGUACAGAGAAGGAAAGGGAGGCGUUUAAAGAAGCGGUAAGGAGAUCUGAUAAACUCCGCGAACCGGAGCCUGCCCCAGCGGCACCCCCUCCCGAAAUCUCAGUCAAGAUCGAAGAGCAGAGUAAGCCAAUCAACGGCAAGGACAUCGACCUGGUGAUCCGACUGCAGAGCCCCACGCCGCGUGAUGUGGUGCUCCAUGUCAACGCCCAGGUCAUGCUGUACAACGGUGUACUUGAAUCUGACAUAUGCAGUGAAGAAAAGGAAGUACAGGUCCUGCCAGACACAGAGCUGACGGUCCCUUUCCAGAUUCCCUUUUCCCAAUACGGGAGUCACAUACAGGGAAACAACAGCAUCAAAGUGACAGCCGUAGCCAAUGACAAGGAGAGCACUGAGGAGGUGUCCCUGGCAGAGAAGGACAUUGUGCUUGAAAAUCCCCCCUUCAGCAUCACUGUCAUUGGAAAUCCUGUGCAGUACAAAGACUUGCAGGCGGAGAUCACUUUUCAAAACCCCUUAUCUGUGGCUCUGACUGACUGCUCCAUAACGGUCUCUGGCAGUGGCCUAUUGAGCGAAUCAGUAGUAGCCAGGCUGGAGUCUCUGGGAUCAGGGCUGCAGGUUCGAUUCCUGGUUCCCUUUACGCCAUACAAAGCUGGAACCAAGCAGCUGGUGGCUGAUUUCGACUGUAAGCAGUUCCGGGACAUCAAAACCAGCUGCAACGUAGAUAUUAAACAUUAUUCCAGGGCCUAAGGUAGAAGGAAGCUGUCAAUUCUCUCUACUGUGACAAUAACUCCCUUUGUACCUGGCAUUGACAUGCGUGUGGGUGAUCGGACGGCUAUCAGAACCAUCAGAAGCAACGGCAGCCCCCUCCCUGGACUUCGCCUUUUUGGGAGCAUGUCUCCUAAGCCUGCCACGGCCAUGUUUACAAGCGGUACCAGCAGAGGGCAGCACACUGCAGACCUGCAGGGGUCUGAACAUAGUUUUCUUCAGGGGCACCAGAGACGCUGAUGAACCAGGGCGAUCAUCUUGACCAUAUGAAAAUAAAGGUGUAAAUGCACCCACGACACAUUGAGGAUGGAGUGUGAUGCAGUCGCCCCAAACCACCUUCAGAGGUGGUCAGGGAAGCACUGUGACCACAUUUAAACACGAGAGUUAAACUCAUUUUCAGUCCACAAGCUGCAUAAUUGGAAAUACGCAUUCAUGUACAGUAGCUUUACAGACAGCCACCAAUAUCAUUCAAGGGUCCCUUUUUUAUUGGAAAAAUAACAGUAACAUUAGCCUACUACAAGUCAGUUACAGUAUUUUUCAAGGGACUUGCGCACUAGGGAGAGGGGGUUGUUGCGUGUGUAGUUGUUUGAGCUGUAAGUGAGAUCGUCAUCGAACCUCAGUGCGGACAGUGGAGGCGUAUGUUAAUGCCAUGUGUAAAUGUAAUCCAGCUAAAUCAUGUCUAGAUACAAUCUGGAUUCAAGAUGAAUGUUAAUACCAGGCAGGUCAGUGCUACAAUAUGAUGUAAAAUCCCUUUACAGAUUAUAUUGUGAAGGUUCAGGAAGAUGGAAAAACAGACAUUUUUGCUAAUUUUCUGCAGCUAUGCUGAUGAAUGUGCAGCCUAUGAAGGAUUGUAUUUGCUGAGCUGGAAUAAAGUUCUUCUACUCCAUAUAAAACUUA